GCUUGCACUGCAUCCAUCUACCUGCUGUCUACCACCACAGCUCGGGAACAGCCAUCCACAUCCACCUGAAUCAUGCAGUCGGCUGAAGUCAAAUUCAACAGAAACAGCUUGCUUCUGACUCUGAAGCGAUACAGCUCAGCUGUCAGCGAAAUGGAGAAGACCAUCCUCUUGCCAAGUCUGCUGCGAGAUGUACCCUCAGGCUGUGAAGCAGCGGAUGAGACCUGCAGAGAUCUCUAUGCCAACUACUUGAUGCUGAAGGCCAUUCGAAACACAGUGGAGAGCAGCCUGAUACUCCUGGAUGAUCACAAGGGCAAGAACACCACAUUCAACAAGACUCUUGAGCCUUCUGUGGAUGCUGAUCCUGAAGCAUUGUUUCUCUUCCAUCUAAGAGGACUGUUUUCUGUGAUGAGCGACCUCAUUAAGAAGACUAGGGGCCUCACUGAGAAAUACUUGGACAUAAUUGGUUUGGCAAAUUAAUGUCAAAACAUUUGUUUGUAGACAUUAAACCAUAUCUAUUGUUUGUAAUGGCUGUAAGAGUUUCUUUCCUGGGCCUAAAGGUUUAAACUUCAUAAAUAUGGAAUAAAUGUACUUGGCCAAACCUGA